AUGUUUUCUAAAAAAAAGAAGAAGCCUCUGAUUUCGCCACCAAGUAACUUUGAACACAGAGUCCACACUGGCUUUGAUAAGAGCGAGGGAAAAUUUGUGGGAUUGCCUCUGCAAUGGGCCUCUCUUGUUGGCAAUAACCAGAUACUCAAGUCAACAAAUCGCCCGUUACCUUUAGUUGAUCCCUCAGAAAUAACACCUACCGAAAUAUUAGAUUUAAAAACUAUAGUCCGCGGAGAUCAUAGAGCCUCUUCAGUGGCUACUGUUUCAAGACCACUAUCCACUAAUCCUAUGACCCAGCCAGUACAAAAUGGCGUAGUUCUUCCGAAAACAUCAAAUGUUGCGAGAUCGAAUUCGCUAAGAAGCACAAGUCCGCCUAGGAUAAGACGAGAUUUCCGCAAUCAUCCAAAUAUACCACCGUCUGUACCUGAAGAGUCCCCGCAAGUUCCCGCGCCUCCGCAGUACCCGAGUUUGAGACGGGAACAAAGCAACUUCUCUAUAAACAAACCUAUAUCAGAUUCACCAGUCGAAUGGUCACACUCACACGAAGCGACUGUAAGGAAUCUUAGCGAGGUCAAUGACAACCAACAGGCGGCAAUGACUUAUCAGAAUAUUCAGAAUGCUAAUGUCCCGUACCAACACAAUCACCCACCGCUGCCUAUUCCUGGUCCACACACAGUUAAUGGAAACAAUAAUCUAGGAGACGGCUACCCACAAUCUCUCCGACCACAACAACCUGGCCCUCCGCAUAUACCAUUGGGAGAAUCUAAGCAUGAACUGAGAUUGACUCAUGAACAGUUUCGAGCUGCUCUUCGCCUGGUGGUGAGUGAGGGUGAUCCUCGCGAGACUUUAACCGGAUUCACUAAGAUCGGUGAAGGCAGUACGGGGGUAGUAUGCGCAGCCACCGACACGCGUACAAGGAAACGGGUCGCUGUUAAAAUGAUGAACCUGCUCAAACAACACCGUAGAGAACUGCUGUUCAAUGAAGUGGUAAUAAUGCGCGACUACCCUCACCCUAACAUAGUAGAGAUGCACGCGUCUUACCUGGUGGGUGAUGUACUGUGGGUCGUCAUGGAAUACAUGGCGGGCGCGUCUCUAACACAAAUCGUUACACGCUCUAGAAUGGAUCCGGAACAAAUUGCUACUGUGUGCAAACAGUGUCUUAAGGCAUUAGCAUUUCUACACAGCCAAGGCGUUAUACAUCGAGACAUUAAAUCCGAUUCAAUACUGUUGACAUCGGACGGUAGAGUUAAAUUAUCCGAUUUCGGUUUCUGUGCUCAAGUGUCUCAGGAAUUACCGAAACGAAAAUCUCUAGUGGGGACGCCAUAUUGGAUGUCCCCGGAAGUGGUAUCCAGACUUCCGUAUGGACCGGAAGUUGAUAUUUGGUCUUUGGGUAUCAUGAUCAUAGAGAUGGUUGAUGGCGAACCGCCUUUCUUCAACGAACCACCGCUGCAAGCCAUGCGUCGUAUCCGCGACAUGCCUCCCCCCCGCCCCCGCGGCCUGCCCCGCUGCCCCGCCGACCUCACGUCCCUCAUAGAGUCAGCGUUAGUCCGUGACCCGGCCGCCCGCCACUCCGCCGCACACCUCCUGCACCACCCGUUCCUGAGGCGAGCGGGACCACCCGCCAUCCUCGUGCCGCUGAUGCCUCACGGCAACUGA